UCGUGUCCCGCUUGGAAAAGUUCUACUUAGGAAUGUCAUUCGACACACGGAUGCCCAUAACAAGGCCACAACAUCUGAACCCAGUUGGACAUUUAUGGGAAUUUCUGGAUCGAAUGUCCAGCCAUCAAUAAGGCAUCAGUGGCUUUCUUGUGGAAGAAUAGAGCUGCAUCGCUUCUGCAUAAUACCUGACAGUGAUAGAUAUCCAAGAAGAAUCUGAAAUGUGGAAAAUUCGAGAACUAGAGAAGCACACGGAAAGUUACGGGACAAAGAAGAGACGACUGUCACCGGAUCUAAACAGAUGGGAUCACAAUGGCUAUAAGGAGCUCUAUCCAGAAGAGUUUAAUGAUAACAGAAGCCGGAUGAGAUCUGAUGGUUUCAAAGCUGACAGAGACCAAGAAAGCGUGAGAGAGGGAGCUGCAGCAGCAGUGACACUGAGACAGGAUGCACUGAGUGUGCGGGCCUUGAACAAGAAGUUCUAUGAAUGCGAGACUGGGAUUCCUGACAGGUGGGGUCAUAGUGGGUAUAAAGAACUGUAUCCUGAAGAAUUUGAUACAGACAGUGCUGGUGAUGGAAAGGGAAACAAAAAUAAAUCCAUUGGACAAGAGAAAUCAAGGCACAAAGCUCAGAAGGAACAAGAGUCCCGCAAACGCAAGAGGUCAAAGAAAACGCAUAAGAAAAAGCAGAAGAAACGAUCACACAAAAAGUUGAAAAAGAGGAAGAAAGCGCAGGAGGAAUCUACAGAAUCAUCAAGUGAAAGUGAUGGUUCUGAUGACACUGUAGAGAAGCCAAAGAAGUCCAAGCACAAGAAAAAGACUCGGAAAAAGACCAGAAGAAAACAGCCGUCAUCUUCUGGGCAAGAUAGUGACUCUUCAAGUAACGAGAGGAGCAGUACUGAAGAUCCCAUAACAGAGGAUCAUAAGGAAAAAUGGACUGAAAAACCUAGCAAGAGACAUCAUCAUCAUCAUCGAAGAACAAAAUCCAAAAAAGACUCCGAAAUAGAAGCUAGGAAAAGCAGAAGGACCAACUGGAGAGUGGCCAAAGAUGAAAGCUCCGACAGUUCCGAUGAGGACUAAAGCAUUUGCCUGACUGGUUUUAUCAUAGUAAAUAACCACAUAAAUAGGAAAUACAUAUUUUGUUCUUUACCAUUUCAAAUGUGCAAUAUGAUUUUUAAGUUUUUAUAUUUAGAGAGAAGGAAAUCGGCUUUUUCCCCCUCUUGAUUCAAAUUCCCUGGGACUAUUAUAAAGGUAAUCCUUUGGAUUGGACAAAGUAGGACAGAAGUUUGUACAGUGUUUUUGGGCAGGCAUGUAAUUUUCAAAGUGUGUUACUUCAGUUUUGUGUAUUAUAUAAGGUAUUGUGAUGUGGAAAUAACAGUUGUUAAGUAGAAGCUGGGCCAUGUCAGAGUGCUUCAUAGUCCAAGCUUAAAAUGUACGAAGAGGCCACCAAAUACUAUUAUGUUAAUAUGUAACGUUUGUAUAGGUGGUACAGAGUGUCUCCAGUGUUUGCUGAAAAUAUAAAGAAAAACAAAUUCUGAAAUUAGGCUCUGUAGAGUGAAUCUGAAUAUAAUCUAAUGUUUAUUCAGAAUUCCUCUAGAUGUAACCUAUUCAUAAUCAAUUAAGUUAGCAAAAUAGAUCUUGGUCAUCAAUGUUCAUUAAUUCCUUGUAAGUAUGAAUGCUAUUACUAUAACAUUUAACGGGCAGAGGCUGCGCUUCUUAAAGGAUAAUCAGGAAAUGAAAUACCAUAGGAAGAAAAACAUUUAAUAUUGAGAAUGCCGAUAAGAACUUCUACUCUGCAAAGUCACAGUACAAACAGAUCCUGGGGGGUAUUAAAUUAAGUGCCAUUUUUUGACUGGUCGAAUUCGGCAUGGGCGAAAAUGAAACCAAAACGCCUGCAAGUUCGCCAAAACCUGUGUAUGAGCGGAAAAUUCGCUGAUACAUGUGCUUUUUGACAGUGCCGGAUUUUUGAACCAGUCGAAAAAAACGGCACAGGCAUUGAAUAGGUCGAAUGUAAAUUCGACCUAAAAACGGUCUGUGUAUUUUUUUCGAUUGGUCGAAAACAAAUUGAAUUCCCCCCUAAAUAUCAAAGAUUAGAAACUUUAGCACAAAACAUCAUAAUUAACAACAAUUAAAUCAAUGCAGUUAGCAACUUUAAAGAAUGUUCUUUAGAAGACCUGCUCCAUGUCUGCAAUAAUCAAUCCCAAUGGAAAGUAAGGCCAGUAGUAUGUUAUAUUCACACUCCAAAGAUAAUUACCUCUUUAGUCCUGCAACAACUCACAACAGCCCCGAUAUAAAUGUCUGUUCCAAGCACAGUGGCCGGAUAUAUGUAAAAUAGCUGCUCGCAGUGAGCCUCUGCUGAUGCAGAGCAUUUACAGGAGCGUGAAGUCAGAAAGAGCGCAGGCUGACUGUGUGCACAGAAGCCUUGGAAAAGUCCACAAUACGUCGGCGAAGCGUGUCAGACUUGUCCACCAACAUAGUAGCUGCUCCCUACAGUCCACUGCCCUAUGCCAUCUCACCACUUGGUCAUCAAAGCACCUUCUUCUGCCUGCUACAUGUAUAAAUAGUAAAUCAAUGAAUGAAAGAUGGUGUUUUUGAUCCCUCCUUGAUUUUAAUGAGAGGUUUGGUUGAGAUAUUGCAGCACAGGACCUUAAAAGCUUACAGAUCUUCAUCAUGGUAGAUUAGGGAUCAGCUCUGCAGCAACUUGUUACCAAUCUAUACAGUGAAUCCAGUUUUACAGUUUCAUUGUUGCAGACUAUUUGACUAUAUCAGUGAGAUAUCUGUUCGAUCAUUUAAUGAUAUUAGUUGAAGUAAUUUGCAUUAGAAACUAUUUGAUACACUAUAUCUAUUUACAAUACAGCAACGCGGAUCAAUAGCUGCUCCAAAUACUGCGUUGAAGUCAGGUGCAAGGCAUUGUACAGCCAAAAUUGUCACUCCAUUUCAGUGACUAUUCAGAGAUAUAGAUUUGGAUAAUUUAAUGGCGUAUUUCAAGACAGACCCAAAUUUCCGAUUUUAAGACCUAUCUUUGCUGUUAUACAUUGUUCAUUAUUGUACAUUAUAACCGAACUUGAGAAAAUUCAGCAAAUUAAUGUACCAAUAUACACUGAACCAAUGAUACAUUGAUGACGCAUACAUCUGCAUACCUCUACAGAACAGACACCGAUAUCAAUGUACCAGUAUUAAUAUACACUGAACCAAUAAUACAUUGAUGACGCAUACAUCUGCAUACCUCUACAGAACAGACACCGAUAUCAAUGUACCAGUAUUAAUAUACACUGAACCAAUAAUACAUUGAUGACGCAUACAUCUGCAUACUUCUAAAGAACAGACAUCGACUGUGGUAAGCAAAACACAAUUUUUUUAAAAGUUAUUAGAAGAGUUGCUUAUAUUGUUAAUUAAUAUUUAUACUUAUAAGGAAUUAAUAUUGGUGACCAAGUUCUCCACUUUAUUUUACAGCAAUUUAGUUCAGUGGUUAUAGGUAGGUGUACAUGACACCUAUGUGAAUGUUUAAUGCAGAUAAAGAUUGGAUUUUGUUUAGAUUACCCCAGAAUGUACUAUUUCAGAAUAGCUUUCCUCUUAUUGGUUCCUAUUGAUAUUCUGAUGAGCACCGUUCUGUUAUUAACUAAUCGGAUGUAAAAGUCAUAGUACAUUUUUUUUUUUUUCUCUUUCUUUGGAGAAAAGAUGAAUAUGUGAGAGCAGAGGUUCUCCGUGUGGUAAUCCUUUCACAGGCAGACGUCUAGAAUACUUAGCUGACAAUGACUGGAGAGAGCUAGAGAGGCUUCUUCAUGCAGUAGGAUAUAAAGUAUAUACAGUACCUUCAGGCGGUGUUCCCUUGUAUUUUAGUUUAACCAUCAUUCACUUAACUAAUGUGAACUAAUGAGAAGACUUUUAUUUGUUAGAAUUGAUUGCGAUGGAUAACACACCGGUUUUGACUACUGCUUGUGGUAAAUUGUACCUGUCAGAGUCAGACUAUACUACUUACACAAGACUGACAUCAAUAGUUGCUGAUUUAUUACAGGACCCUAGUUUAUUUUGCUGAUCUCCAUUCACACAGGCUGUGUAGUCAAGACACCAUGCAGAAGACCUAUACAGUUGUGUACUAGUAAAUAUGGAUUUAUCCAGCAAAAAGCAAAAUGAUAAUGGCCUGAAUCAAGUCAGAUGUGUGAACUCAUUUCUGUAUAGAGGUGUAUUUGAUAUUACAUUGUAAUAGAGGCUCACAUCACUGUUGUGCUGUUGACCUUUAGUUGCUGAGAUGUGCACCUUCUUGCCAUAGCCCCUCCCACUUUAGGCUUGCCUACACACCGACUCAAUGGUUGGUUGAGCGGAAGUACUGUUCUACUUAGCUACAGUUUAUUUUUGCUCCACCCACACACUUACUGCAGUCUGAUGUGUAGCAGGUUUUGGAACAUGAAUAUAAUAGGUACAGUAUUGCCUAGUCAAAUGCAUGUAAACACUAUAGUAACAAAACAAAAUAAUUCUAGAGUUAAGAGGACACCUGACUUAUAACUUUUGCUGGGCUCACUGGCUCAUGGUUGACGCAGCACUUCUUCCAUGAUGGCUGCCUUUUCUCCAUAGCUUGUGCAUAGGAAAAACAGAAAUCUAUAUAAGACCUUAGCAGCUAGACAGAACCUUUUGUUUUGCAACCCUAGUAGGUGUGGUUCAUAAUAUUGGAAUAUACCUAAAGCUGGAUACACAUUAAAAGAUGUGUACCCAGCGUGAUGUCGUCAGCAACGGACCCUGCGGCAGGGCUGGCAUCGGCAAGCUGGCACACACACUUGCCGGUGGGGGGGAGGGGCCGCACGGCCCUUGUUGGUGAUAACGCCUGUCGGACCUAGGACGGAGGAUGUCACGGACGAUGUGCGAGAACAUGCAUCGUCAGCGACAUAGUGCAUACACACUAGACAAUAUUGUGAACGAUGUGUCUGAAUCGGGCACAUCGUCCAGGAUAUCGUCUAGUGUGUACUCUGCUUUAGUCUAAUUGUGAUAUAACAUUGUCUUUAUAAAUAUUUUGUUUUCUCUCCAUUUAUAUAUGUACAGUACCAUAGUAUAACUGGCUCAGAUUAUUGGAAUAUGCUUUGUGGUGAUUACACCGGAAUAGUGUAUGUCUUGUUAAAGGCUCUUUCUGUUAAAAUAAAUAGAACAGUAGGUGUGUUUCAAAUUA